AUGGCGGGUACCGGCCGUUCCUCUAUAUCUGAAGCGUCUCGAAAAUCGUCGCGUCAUCUCGAAGUGCCAGUGACGCUAUCCCUCCUCCUCGUGACCCUCGCGCUAUUCGCGGCGCCAAUUGCGGCCAACAACUGCCCUUCCUUCCGGCCAAUCGGCGUCGAGUGCCCUCCCGCCACGUCAGCAGUAUCCGCGUCGGCAUCCGACGCCGCAAAUCCCGCCUGCAAAUCACAGGCUUACCUGGGCCGAUUCGCCGUGCAGGGCUCGAAGCGCUUCCGCCUCCCCGCGCUCCCCAACGGCGUUCCGCUUCCGCCGGGCGCGCUCUCCGCGGACUGCUGCGCGGAGUGCCAGCAGCGCGCCGACUGCGCCUACUGGAACAUCCUGCUCCGCUCGCGCCGCUGCCUGCUCUUCGCUGCUGACGUAUGCGCCGCUGACGGGCCGGCCGUGUUUCUUCCCGGCGAGGAGAACGCCUUCGUCGGGACUCGCUACUGCAACGCAACGCCAUCUGUAACGCGUACACCAGCCAACACCACCGAUACCACACAAGACGACAGCACACCCUCCGAGAGCGCGCUUUCCAUUUUCGAGGACGCCACUGACGAGGAUGAGCAGGAGACGGCGGAGGGGCAGGCGGAGGAGAGAGCGGAAGCGGAGGAGGAGCACGACGCGCAUGUGAUGGGCGUGUUUGAAGGCGACAUGGCGAGAAUGCACGCGGAGGAGGCGGAAGAGUUGAAGAUCGUUGAAGCAGCGUCUCAGGCGCAGGAGCAGCAGCAGGCAGAGGGGGCGUAUCAGAACAUCCCUGAGGCGAUGGCUGCUUUGGAGCUGGAGGUGAUGCAAAGCGAGGAGCAGAACCAGCCGCAGCAGCAGCAGCCGCAGGAGCAACAGCCGCAGGAGCAGAAUGAACAGCAGGAGCAGCCUCAUGGCGUCGAAGUCUUUGAGCUUUUCGAGCUGCAGCAGGAGAACCCUGCGCCGUUUCAGGAGAAUUCUCAGGUGAUGCAGCAGAUUGAGAGGGAGGGCGUGGCAGCGCAGCAGGCUGGAGAGGUCUCCGCCAUCCAAGGCAUGGAGGCAUUUGAGGAGAAGGACGAGGGGGGAGAGGAGGGAGAGAAGGAAGAGGAGCGAGAGAAGGAAGAGGCAGCUCGGGCUGCGGCGGUGAAAGAGAUGGAGGAGGAGGAGAUCCCCAUCCGUCUCGUGUCCUUCUCCCUUGUCGACCCCAGCUCCCAAAUCACAAGCCAAGCAGCCGCCAUGGAAGCAGAGGAGGCGGAGAGAAAAAGCAACGACAAGGCGAAGAGAGGCACAGACGCCGAGCAGGCUGCCUGGAGGGACCUGGAGCAGCAGGAGAUUCCAGUGAAACUGACCUCAUAUGAAAUCGUGGACGCCGAUUCUCUUGCCGCGAGCCAAGCAGCAGCGAUGGAGGAAGAGGUGGAGAGGCAGGCAGACGCCAGUGCAACCGCUCUCAGGGACCUGGAGGAGCAAGAGAUUCCUGUGAAGCUAACCUCUUAUGAGAUGGUGGACGCCGGUUCAUUGGCUGACAGGCAAGCUGAAGCAAUGGAGAAGGAGGAGGCUGAGAGGCAGGAGAGGGAGAGAGCAGCCGUGUUGAGGCAGCUGGAGGAGCAAGAGAUUCCAGUGCGGCUAAACCUGAGAGGGCACUCUGCCUUCCACACGGCGUCCUAA